GAGCGUAGGGCAGGGGUCGGGGCUGUGCUAUGCCGUUUUCGUGAUCGCGAAGCGAAGCUUGGCCGAGAGAACGGAGAAGUCGAGCCGAGUCGAGGUGGUUGUGGUUGUGUCGAAGCCAAAAUGGCGACAAGUGACGACGAGCCUAUGCAUCUUUACGAAGUGUUUCAGAAUUGCUUCAACAAAAUAGCCAACAAACAACCCGAAAAGCCCGGUUUCCAGUCGCCCUAUGCCACAAUGGACAAUGGAAUGGCGGCGGCUGCGGCUGCUUACACGACAAGCGGCUACGGCGGAUCUGCCGAGUCUUUCUCACCUGAAUCACCUUAUUUCCCAUUCAACACUUCCACAAAGAGGCCAAACUCCACACCAGGAACGGCCGUAAAAAGAAAGCGAGAGGUCAUUGAAACGACUGCAGCCGCAGAGCCGUUGGAGGGAGCCGCGACCCAAAACUGGUAUGGUUCAGAUGAAUUUGGUGGACAGGAUUCACCAGGGCGCUAUACAUCACCUUUAACACCCAAAAGUUCCUUAUCAGCUGCAUACCCUCAGGAAGCACCUUACUACUUAGAAAAUGGUGGAACCAAUGGAGCUGAUGGGGGAUGGGCUUCAACAGUCGGCCCUUACUAUAGUGCAACAAACGUUACGGCUCCUUACACAACAUCAUCAACUAUCCAUCAUGACUCAAUGGGCUAUGGUGGGAGGAAUGUUUCACCGGGGAGAGAACCCUUGCCACCGAUGUCAUCCUUACGGACGCCACACUCACCUGGGGGGACAACAGCGCCAAUCUAUUUAUCACCCGCCACGCCUCAGCCUCCUGGGUCACACCCAGGGGAUACUCUUGUUGGCAAAGCACUUGCUUCUAUAUACCCGACGGAAGCGAGUGCUAGCAGUUAUUCAAGUAACCCUUCCACGCCUGUUAGCUCGCCCCCGCCUCUGCAAGCGGUAGGAAACAGUGGCCAAUCGGGGCCUACUACUGGUGCGGGUUGGCAAUCACCACAAUUUUCAGGAGGCCCACAACACGAAAGAUCAUCCGCCCCACCUGGAAUGCAUAUGAAUGCUCCACCAGAACAACAGAGAUUAGAUGAUGCGAUUGGUUUUCUAAGGGACCACACAGAGGUAAACCUUUUCACCACAGUGGAAUCACUUGGGAACCAGGGAACAAGAAUGGAAGAAAGGCUAGAUGAUGCCAUAAAUGUACUUAGGAAUCAUGCAGAAAGUCAACAACUCAUUGGUGCACAUUGCCCACCUGGUCUUUAUCACAAUUCUUUGGAUCUUCAUGCAAACCCACAUGGAGUUUAUUCCGGCAUCCCUCCGGGGGAAAUUGACCCAGCUGCUGCCAUAAAACUCGAAAGGCUCAAUUCAGCAAAAGAAGUUUUAAUGUCGAAAUUUUGUGAAAAAAGAAAAGAAACAGCAGACUGUGAUUCCAAACCUAGCAGCUCGGAUAUUUUAGUCAGUUCUCCUGGGAGUGGAGGGGGCGGUUUACCCUCCAAAGGAGUCAAAAGAGUCAGGAGGUAUGAUUUUAGUUGUUCCAGUGUUGAAGAUGAUGAAGAAGAUGCAAGUGUGAAAGCACACAGAGAGAAAGAAAGGCGACAGGCCAAUAACAUUAGGGAAAGAAUAAGAAUUAGAGAUAUAAACGAGGCAUUAAAAGAACUAGGACGAAUGUGUAUGUCCCACCUGAAAACAGAUAAACCACAAACCAAAUUAGGCAUAUUGAAUAUGGCUGUGGAGGUCAUUAUGUCUCUAGAACAACAAGUUAGAGAGAGAAACCUGAAUCCAAAAGCGGCUUGCCUGAAAAGAAGAGAAGAAGAAAAGUCUGAGGAAGGCCCCAAACUUGGUGGGGGUCAUUUGGUCGGGAGUGGAGGUGCACCAGGUGCCACCAUGGCCCAUCUAGGAACCACCGCAUUUGUUCCUCAACCACCGCCGCAUCAGUAGCACUGACUAAAAACACAAUAUGAGAGCCGAGAGUCCAGUCGGAUUGCCUAAAUGACUUCCAAACUUCGGUUUUCUGCUUCCUGUAUAUAUUGUCCCUACUUAUUUGUUUAGUUUUUUGUUUUUUUAAAUUUUCUUUUAAUCCCAAAAUCCCAAUGAGAGACUAUAAAUAAUAUAUAUAUAUAUAUAAAUAUAUAAAUAAAUUAUAUAUAUGACAUGGUUAGGUGCUUUGUUGCAGUAUACUUUUUGUAUAAAAAUUAAAAAAAAUAAAAAAUAAAAACAUACAUAUGCAUACAUAUAUAUUAUAUAUUUGCACAUAUAUAUUAUAUGUGUAUUUGUAUAAUUUAAAAUUAACAAAAUUUUGAAAAUAAAACGAAACUACUUUUGAAGGCAAUUGUUAUGAAGGAGAGCUCUAUCCUCCUAUACAAGAUACAGAAAUCAGAGCCCAAGUUUAAAUAAAGGUGGGUGCCUUAAUAUUUAUAAAGUUGUAAAAAAAAAAAUGUAUAUAGUCGAAGAGCUCUCACAGUUCCAUGGAAAAUUGGCUUAAUUUAUUUCCCCACUCUCCCUAGAGUUAUUUUGGUAUUGGUCUUAAGGGGACUGUUUGUGAAAACUUAGAACUUUUUGACUGAAGGCAGUCUUAUCAACUCCUGGGUUUUGUUGAGUUAAUUCAUCAAUUAUAUUAUGAAAUUGAAUUAUCAGUUAACAAUUUAUACCAAAAAUAAAAAUUAAUAGUGGCAAGGGUUGUAUUUCUGAGCAUGAAAUUCUUCACAAACAUUUUAUGAUAUAUUUACUUGUUCAUUUGUUUUCACAGUAUGUCUGCGAUACUAUGAAAUAUUUAAUUUUAAACUCACCCAGUGAUAUAUCAUACUACUUCCAAAACGGUUUAUAAUCUUUGACUAUGAUAUUACAUUGCAUUUCUUAGCAUAGUUUUCUGUCAAAAAUGUUUUUCCAUGUACUGAAAUUGAAACAGAUUCGUACCAUUAUCUUCAAGUUAUCAUUGCAAACAUUUAAAUAUAUAUAAUAGAUGAGUACUGUUGUGAUAAAAUAUCAGGUACAAAUACAGCAGGUACAAAUUAAAUAUCAAAGGGGAUGCAAUAGAAUUGCAUGCUUUGGACAUCACUUCAUUUAUUUAUUUAUUUAUUUUAUUAUCAUUAAUUUUUAUUGCAACUCUAUUUAACCUUAUACUUUAAAUUGCAUAUCACUACAGUUUUAUUUGAUAUGAUGUUAAAAAAAUUAUAACAAGUUUUUUCUUAAGUAAUAGCAGGUCCCCUUAAUAACAGACAUAAUGAACUAGGUUUAUUACAAUUAAGAGAAAGAAAAUGGGCUUCCAAAUAACCUGAUGAUCAAGAGAUAAUUCUUUUGACAAACUUUCCUAAUUUUAUAACAAUUUUUAUACUUGUAAAUAGUUUUCCACAAAGUUUAUAUUCUUCUAGUUGCAAAAGAGUUAUAUCACCUUUACCAACAUAACUCUACCCAGACAGUUUUACUCAUUAAUAUAUUGUGCCAUUUUAUUGUAUUUAUUUGAAACUAAAGUGUAAGCCAAACAAGCAACAACAAAACAAAAAAAAACGCUUAAGCUGAAAGUAUUUUCUAUUGACUUGUGUUUUUAUUAUUUUUUGCCCCAAGACAUUAGACAUUCCUUGAAAGGCAUAACACAUGUUCUCUAUUAAUUUUUAUAAUUUUCACCCCAUAUAUAAUAUUUUACAUAAUGUAUUAUACCUCUGUGAUAUAUAAUUUUGUUUAAAAAAAAAAUUCCUCGGCAGAUUGCUGUCCAAAUUAAAAUCUUUUUAAGCUUUUAACUAUUUGCUAAAGUGCCAUCAAGGAUGGGAGUAAUUGUAGCAUCUACUGCCCCAAGUGACUGCCUGAAUACAAUAUUUGACAAAAUUACUGGCUUAACAAUUUUCUUGUUUAAUCUCAUUUUCCUGAUAUAUUUUGUAUAUAAAUAGUUAUGUAAGUCUCAUUUUUUAUUAUUAUUUCCUAGCAAUAUUUUAGUAGUUGCAUUUUGUUUAAAUUUAUAAUUACUUUUUUUUGUAGUUCAGUCGACUUAUGAAGUUUUUAAGUUCAUGAAUGUACAAUAUUUGUUUAAAUUCUGCCAAGGAUGAUUGAUUUCUGGAGGGUUUGCUGUAACGCCAUUAGUUUCAGUAACUUAAUUGACUAAACCUGUAGCUUUUUUUAAUUAAAAAUUGUACAAUGGAACCAAGUAUUUAUAGUCAAGAUAAUUUGACAUCGAAGGCUUUAUUUUUCUAGCGGCUAUUGUCUUAAUUUAUAUUAAAAAAAAAAAAAAAAAAAAAAACCACUGUUACUU